AUGAAUACCGAAAGAAAAACUGCAAGUAUCCUCGGAGGCAAGACGGCCAAGGCUUGCGAUGGCUGUUUACGACAAAGGGCUAGAUGGUAUUGCGAGGCUGACGACGCUUUUCUAUGCCAAUCCUGCGAUGCAUCGGUGCAUUCGGCUAACCAAUUGGCGAGUCGACACGAAAGGGUUCGACUAGAAUCCUCAUCUUGUAAGGGGAAAGGAAAUGACGAUUCGGGACCGGCUUGGUACCGGGGAUUCACUCGUAAGGCUAGAACUCCGCGGCAGGCCAAGUCGAGUCCAGCGCAACCUUCUCUUUUAGUCCCGGAGAUUAACAGUGAAGACACUUCUCCAGUGGAAAAUGAGGAUCAAUUUCUUUAUAGGGUUCCUGUUUUUGACCCUUUUGAUGCUGACAUUUUUACAGCAUCAAAUCCAACCGAGAAUGAAUUAAUCGACAUUUUGUUGGAUGAUGAAAAAGGAUGUGAUCUGGAUAUUAAUCCAGUGUUUAUUACAUCUGAUGCUGAGCUUGCAGAGUUUGCUGCCGAUGUCGAGAGUUUAUUAGGAACGGGAAUUGAGGAGGAUUCUCAUGUGAUUGAAUUAGGGUUGGGAGGAAUGGAUUGUAAAAAAGAUAUAAUCGAAAAACGGAUAAAGAUUGAGAACGAUGACGAUGAUGAUGAAAUGAAAGCCGUUAUCGCCUGUCAUUUGGAUCCAGCGUUGGAUAUGGCUAGGGAAACAUUCAACUGGAAUUCUGAUUAUGCAUCUCCAUUAUUGAAUGAAGAAGCAGAUGAGGAGAAAAAAGUUAUGGGAACCGUGACGAAGAUGAUUGAUUGUCAAAGUGAAGCAGAAGUUAGUAGGAAAAUGUUUUUGACGCUCAACUAUGAAGCAGUUAUCGCUGCUUGGGCUGGCCGAGGUUCUCCAUGGACGAAUGGUAUUCGACCUGAGUUCUUCAACGUCAAUGACUUCUUGGAUACCAGCCUUAAUCCGUAUGAAGGACUUAGGGGAUGGUUGGGAGGCUGUGACCCUGGAAGAAGAGCAAGAGUGUCAAGCCUGCAGGCGGCUGUGCUGGGCUGCAGGCAUGCCCCAGUGGCCAGUGCGGUCAUGUGCUAUAACUGGGCCUGA